AUGACUUCUGCGCAAGAACAAUAUACCCAACUUAUUCAAACCCCCGGUCGAGUCGACCCAUCGACUCUAAGUGCCAUAUUCGACCAGCUGGACCCAAUCAAACCGGAACAACUCUUGGGUGACUGGAACGGUGGCUUCUUUGACACUGGCCAUCCAGUCGCAAACACGCUCAAAGAGAUCAACUGGGUUGGCAAGUCCUUCACUUCUAUUGAUCAUGUGGACCCGGUGGUCGUCGAAGAGAAUGGUUGCCGUGUCAGUUGGGGAAAAUGGGGAUUUGCCAGCGUGAGUCUGCCAGAGCAAUCUGUUCAUCAUACCAUGCCUAGACAAGCCAUUAAAUCAUGA